GUUACAUUUUUUAAACGAUUCAAAUAGCAAAGUUGAGUUUCAAAAUUUUACUUUAAAGUGCAUAGACAGAGUAUCUAUUUCUUUACAUUUGAUCAGUUGGUUUUAGAUAGACGCGAAUAUGAAAGGGAAAGGCACAAGCGCAGAUUCGAAAAAUCCUCAGUCCCAACUCUCCAUGAGAUACAUUGCGGCGGCAAUGAGCGACUUGGCACCCAAACUUCUGCAUAGAUAUCGGAAAUCUGCACGAUUUGCUCAGGGAGGAACCUUCAGGACAAUUGGCUGCUCGUUGGUUCCACUUGACUUUGAUGAUGAUCUGUCACUAGUAAAGCUCAUGGGAUUUAUGUGCCGAGUUAUGGGAACGCGCCAAAGUUUUAGUACAACCGAUAUUCAAAAGCGAGAAAAAUCAUCAAGGACAGCUAGACGGGCAGUGUCAGAGAUGAAAUUAUUCUCAAGGGAAUAUUACGCUUACAAAUUAGAUUCAAUGGAAGAUGAAGAUAUUUUCUCUUCUGCUUGUACCUCACGUCUUCAUGAGCACUUUAAGCUGUGCAAGGCGACUCAAAGUUUAGAUAGAGCUAGGAGCAGAAACAAACAUAUCCAAUUGCGAUAUAUUCGAAAUCGAAUACAAGAUCUUUUCCAGGAUGUCGUUAAAUUCUCCGCUGCUCAUCAGGAAUACAUGAAUCAAGUGAGAAAUCGUAAUAGUAGCAACGAGAAUAUUGAUUCGUCUAAGCUUGACGAGGAUGGAGAGUUUUAUGUUGCCACGGGCGGCAGCGAGCCCUAUGUGGUUGAGUGCAAGGAAGGGCUGGAUAUAGCGGACGUAGAGCAUUGUUGCGGUGACUAUGUAACAAAUUUUAACCGAAUUUUAAGAGUUUAUCAAUGGCUGUAUAGAUGCAAGAGAAGUAAUAAUUGAACAUUUGAUUGAUUGCAAAAAAAGUUUAGUAGAAAUAAAUUCUUUUUAUACAUUUUA